GAUUCCGAAACCGUUAUCUCACUUUCAAUAGAUUUAGUUUUACAUUGUGGGUUCUACCAUAGUAUCAACACGGUAGAGUGUUUUCACCAUUCAUAUAUGUUUAUUGUAAUGAGGGUCUCAUCUCCUCAAUAUGUUUGUUCAUAAAGAUAUAGUCAUAGAUAAAGAUAUAAAUAUACGAUAUUUAUGUGUGUGUGUGUGUGCGUUUGUGCAAAUAAUUAAGCAAUCAAUUAAAUAAUCACGUUAUAUUUAAUACAAGAAAUCGGGAAUCAACAAAAUGGACGAACGUAACUGCCAUUAACCACAAAUGCAUGAGAAGCCAGAGAAAGCGGAGACCAUACCUUUCUGAUGCCAUAGAUGAGGAGGAAGAUAAAAGUAAAUUGAAAAAUCUCCAUCACCAUGAAGGAUGUAACUUCAAUGACUGUAAACUAUAACAUGUAAUAUAAUCAAAACUGAGAUUUAACAACCACUUUUCUUCUGUUUCAGCCAUACAUACAAACGGAGUUACUGAGUACUUAUUUAAGAUUAAAAUGAAUGAUUUAUGACAUUCUACCUGCUUAUUACUCGUAAUGUAUUUUAAGCGUUGUUUAAAUUAGCUGAUGUAAAUAAUUUGUUGUUUUUUAAAUAGUUGUCUUAACCAAAGCAAAUGUUUUUUUUUUCUAGCUAGAGUGGCAAUAUAAAGAUACAGAAUCUAUAGAAAUUGUAAGAAAUUAUUUCAAGUUCUACAUCUGGAAAAUUAUGAAAUCAAAACGAAAAUCCUGAUUUCUAAGAUGACUUUACUUCUUACAACAAUUGUCUUUAUUGCUUUUUGUAAAUGCAUUACAACUAUUUUUUUUUUUUCUUAAAUACUCACGCUGCAAUGGAGGUUAUGAUGAUGCCAGCUGAUUCCGGAGCAUGGUGAAGACUAACGUUUUGUCACUUAUCAACAUUCAAGACCAACAUUAAUUUAACUACUGACAGUCCGUUGCCUGUGGUCACGCAUGAACACUUUCAAAUCUCUUUCCGUUACAGGCUCAAAAACGAAAAUACAAGUAAAAAGAAAAGAAAUAAAAAAGGGCGUCACGAUCUUGUAUCCCGCGUUCCUGACUAUACCCCCCCCCCAAAAAAAAAAAAAAAAAAAAAAAAAAAAAUAUAUAUAUAUAUAUAUAUAUAUCGUAACUUUAAUACCAAAGCACGGCAAUCAACUCUAAUUAAACAAAGAAUAAUAGCGAUUAAAUUGCGGAGACUUGGAUUCGUUAAAAUUGUUCAGGUACCUUCUAGAUGGGAGGAAAGCGUGAGAGUCAGUUGCUACGUAAAUAUAAUUAUCAUUAUUGAAAUAGUAGUUAUCGCUGCAACUGUCAUUGCUUGCAGUAAUAAUAGUUAAAGUGAAGUAAUUAAAAAUUAUACUUAUACUCUUAUGGUAAGUUAGUUUUCGUUUUCUAGAGUAAUAUAACUGGUAUUGUAACAUAUAAUUGGUAAUGCAACAGGAUAUAUUAAACAACAUCAAAAGUAAGUAUAAUUUCGCGUUAUCGAAGAGCAUGUGCUGAACUUCAGGAUAUAUAUAUAUAUAUAUAUAUAUAUAUAUAUAUAUGUAUGUUUAAAAAAAAAAAGGGCGGAACCAUUUAAAAGAAAUUCUCUCUGACAACCUCUUACUCAUACCAUUAUAUUCAAUCAGAUUUUACAUUUCGUCAUUUAACAUCUCUCUUCAAUAUCCUUUCGCACUUGCACUCAUUUACUUUAGUUUCUCGCAUUUUCUCGCCUCCUCUACCCUGGAUAGAGGGAGUGCAGGAGUAGACAAGUCUUCCCCAAAUUCAGUUAACCCCGCCUUCACCCUCUCCACCUUUGACUAACAGUUACAAGACUUGGACAGGAUUUUAAGUGAAGUAUAUAUAUAUAUAUAUCUGCUUGUUGCAGAUAAGAUAAAUAUUGAUUGCCCAUCUAAUACGUUAUCUACUGGCGUUUGCAUUCUCUGCCUGUGAUGAUUAAGACGUGUUGGCAUGUGGAGGCUAAUUUUCAUAGGCUUACUGAAUUACCUGUUUGUUGGUAUUCACGAAGGGCAGCACUGCUCUUCAGCCGUUGUAAAUUCAUUCGAUUCACCAGAAGUUAACGUGGUAGUUAUUGACAAGGAGUACAUUAAAGUCACCUGGAAGCGAGAGGGUCCAUGGAACAAUAUAAACUACUUCUACGUUGACUUCAAAGCUGAUGGAGAAAGGCCUACUGGAGAUCCUUGUACAAGCCAGCUCAUUCCCUGUGAUAUAGACGUUUGUACUUUGAAUAGCAAAGACCGAUGUCCACCUUUUGGUCUCUGUCGGGAUGUGACCGUUGUUGUAAGAAGUCAGGGCUAUGAUUCUGAAGGAAUAUCCGUUCGGACAGAUGGUUACACGCCUGCCUUCGUUAGCGUAGAAUCAAACAAUGGAACGCUGAUUGUUUCCUGGAUAGGCCCAGAAAAUGAGGAUGGAGAUUGCUAUGGUGGGUCUUUGCUUACCAUAUUUACGCCAUGGACAGAAUACAGCGCCAGUUUCACUGGAAACCACAGCCACUAUCGGCACACCCAGGACCUUACAGCUUGCGAUGUAGGGAAAGUGGCGGCGUCCCUGAGGUCUUUCGAUCUGAUGGGGAACAGCGGCACGGUGACUAACGGCACUGAAUACUUGGGGGAAAACGCGUCUCCAGUUAUUAGCGACCUGAAAUCCACACCAGGACGCAGAGGGGCCUUUGUAAGAUGGGACCUACUUGGGAAGUGCUCAAGGGUGACGUCCUUCCAUCUGGUUUGGAUACCUUCAGACGCCGGUGGAGAAAUAAUAGUUUCAGACACAUUUGCCAAUAUAACGGGCUUGUCUCCCUGCCAGGAGUAUAUACUCAGGGUGCAGCCGCUGGAGGGGCGAGAUGACUUGGGAGGACAAAAGAGCGUAGCAUUGUUCACAGAAUCUGAAGCACCACAAGCUCCGUCCAGCAUAGCAGUACUUAUGGUGAAAAACGAACCAAACCAUCUGGUUGUGACCUGGACCCAUCCUGCACCUCCGGGGCCCCUGUGUAACAUUACUAAGAACAGCGUUCGUUGGUUUCAAAGUGAGACAGGAGAAACAGUUGGCCAAGAUGAAAUUACUGCGAGCACCGUAUAUUUCAUAACUGGUCUUAAGGCCUACACAAAUUAUACGAUAUGCAUUGCUUCUAAAACAGUGGGAGGCUUUAGUCCAGAAGGGAGUGGAUAUAACACCACUGAUCAAGACAUUCCCGGUCCUCCAAUAAUAUGUUCACCGGAAGUCGUAAGUCCUUCAUCCCUGCUGGUUACAUGGGAACGUCCACCUCAGCCGAAUGGUAUCAUCACGGGAUACAAGACUGAAUGGAGAUAUGAAAAUCAAAAUCAUUCUGCAUAUGUGACUAACAACGAAACCUAUUACAUAAUAACGAAUUUAACAGCUUGUGUCUUCCACGAAAUAACUGUUAUGGCCGAGACAAUUAAAGGUUUUGGAGAAAGAAGUUACGAAAAUACAACAAUGCGAGUAGCCCCAGGUGCCCCAGGACAAGUUGAUGCUGUCAUGGUGGCCAACAUCUCAGACCAACUUUGGUUAACAUGGAGCCAACCUAAUCCAUAUGGAAAGUGUACCAUAAUUAAUAACAAGGUCACGUGGGUAUGGCAGAACAUGGGGGAAUACAAGAAAAACGAUACGACCAUACCAAAAUCCUCCAAUUAUAUUAUCACCGGCCUGAGACCUUACACCAUGUACACUGUAUGCGUAGCAGCUCAGACAGAGGGAGGAUUUGGCCCACAUGGAGAAUGUGACAAUGUUUACACCGAAGAAGACACCCCUGGUCCUCCUGAGGUGAUCGACAUAGUGCAAUCGUCCAACAACAUCUAUCUGGAGUGGGAAACCCCUGAUGAACCUAAUGGAAUAAUACUGCUGUAUAAUUUGAGUUGGAUAAAUGUGGCCGAGAGCAAUGAUAAGGGUUCAGUUAUAUUACCUGCAAACCAAACAAGCUAUAAGAUCAAGGGCCUACAGAGUGAAUCUGUGUACUCUGUAUUAAUACUGGCAAAGACUUCUGCCGGUUGGGGCACCGUUUCGGAAAAAGUGGUUUCGACCAAGAAGAUGAUAACGUGGCCGUACUGGUUAGCAGGCGAGACUCUAUUGGCUAUCUUGGCAGUAUUUGUUUGGCGAAGACUGAGAGGGAACACAAGACAUGGUGUAAUUCAACCUAAGGACGAUUCUUUCCAAAAUGAGGCAUUUAUACCUGACGAAAGUUCUUCUGAUAACCAUCAAAUGAUUCAAGUUGAGGACAGAGAAGAAAAUGACCAUGAAGAAAUGACAAUGAGCGAUUCUACUACAGAAGGGAAUGACACAAGCAGCAAUAGUGUUCAUAGGGAAUCCAGAGGUGAGGAAAUGAUUCAAGUUGAGGACAGAGAAGAAAAUGACCAUGAAGAUAUCACAAUGAGCGAAUCUACUACAGAAGGGAAUGACACAAGCAGCAAUAGUGUUUAUAAGGAAUCCAGAGGUGAGGAUGUGUUUCAAGUUGAAGAUAGUGAUUCUGAGGACAAACGCGAUGCACAAGCUGACAAGGAGCAUGAAGAAGUCACAGCUGCCAGCAUGUCUAGUUUGGAAGGGAACAUCCUGAGAACAAAUAAUGUUUCUAGGGAAUCUGGAGAUGGCUUUCAUCCUAUUGCACAGAAGACUGACACUAGAGAUGGUGAAGUAAAAUCAGCCCAUAGCAAUUGCAGGCCCUUACCUAAGCUGCAAAAAGAAAAUGAUAUGUCACAUCCAUCGCCACACGAUGGUAUCGAGAUGACUGAGGAUAAAGAAAUACUGGAAACAAAGAACAUGGAGAACAUACACAAAGCAGCAAGAGAUGGACUUGCUGACGAGGUGCUUAAAUUGUCAGAAAAUGGUGGAGAUCUCUCUGCUGUCUCCAGUGCUACCAAUAACACUCCACUUCACUAUGCAGCCUAUGAAGGACAUACCGAAGUUGUAGAAUUACUACUGACUAAAAGAUGUGACCCAAAUCUCUCUAAUGUUACUGGUGACACUCCACUUCACCUUGCUGCAUUAACUGGAAAGAUCGAUGUCUUGAAAAUAUUGUCUGACUGGGAAGGUAUUGAUGUAAACAGUCCAACUGCAACAAAUAAAACACUUCUUACAUAUGCAAGACAUGGAGGGGAAAAGCCUAUGUUGGAUGUUCUUAGGAACCCAGAAACUAUUUCACCUGAGGCUAAUACACCCCUCCACUGUGCAUCACUGGCAGGCCAUACAGAAGUUGUUAGGUUGCUCCUAACGAAGAAUGCAGAUGCUAAAAGUGAAACGCCUACCCACCACACACCUUUGCACUAUGCUGCUCUCAGAGGGGAUGUCAUUCUCGUCAAACUGUUGGUCUAUUAUGGAGCCGAUCCUAAUGCUAAAGACGAACGAAAUAACACACCUCUUCAUUAUGCCGCUCUUUGCGGACACACUUUGGUUGUCGAGUUGCUGGUGGAUGAAAGAGCAGACCUAAGCAUUCGGACAGACAUGGGACUCUCAGUCCUUCACAAGGCUUCCUUCUACGGAAGGCUAUCCACUGUGCAGAAACUUGUUGAACUACAAAAUGGUCUCAUCAGCAUGCGUGACAAGAACAAGUUGAGUGCAGAGGACACUGCUCUCAUCCGCGGCCAUGUUCACACAGCCUGGUGGCUCAACAAAAAUGCAUGUCAAACUUCUAUACAAGAUCAGAAACACUUAACGAAUAUUUGUAUGAAUCAGUACAAUCUGAGCGGAGACUUCUACCACACUUACUGCAGAGAGAAGAACGGCAGCGCGAAAGCUCUAGCCGCUGCCAUUGACUUCGGCAUGUGCGACAUGCACUACCAAGACGAGCAGGGCCGGACGCUGCUCCACGUGGCCGCGGAGCAGAACGACCGACUCAAAAUCCGGGUUCUGCUGGAGCGCGGCGCCCUGCCCACCGCUCGCACCCACGACGGCAAGACGCCCUCGGACCUCGCCCGGGAGAAAGGCCACCUGGAGGCUGCAAAAGACAUAGAGAGCGAAAUAGAUAAAGCGAAGCAGGGGUAUAUAGAGGAACUAGCCUACAAUGAUUUGUUAAACUUGAUAACAUCAGCGGCACAAUGUACCUUUGACCAAGAUGAUAAGGAACAGGAAGCCCGCCUGGCAGCCGUGAAGAAGGCCUCCUCCCUACUGGCUUCUGGAGCUCCUUUAGAGCCUCCUGGAGGUCACUCUUGCUACCCCCUCCACCAUGCCAUCACAACCAACUGCACCCCCCUGCUGUCGCUGCUGCUGGCUGCUGGGGCGCCGUUGACGUCGUCCAGUAACGGCCUAGGUCUAGCGGAGACAGCGUGGAUAACUCCAGAUAUUACAACCUGGGUCGGAGUCGUUGUUACAAGAGCUGUAGUGCACAAACUCCGGUUUGAGAAGAGGCUCCUAGAUCCAGAUUCCCGAUUGCUGCCUCAAAUAAACACUUUGAUGGAGUUGCUACAGGGAGAGAAGCCCUGGAAUGCAAAGGUCAGUGUCCUGGGAGACUCUCCAACCACCCUAAAUCGUCUCCUAUUUCGAGCCUGUGCCAGUGGAGCAACCACACUAGCCUGGUGGAUCUGGCACAGCGGCGGAAGCGCUGUGGCACAGAAAACAGACGGGAAAACGCCCCUGCACGGCGCCCUUGAUAAUGGGCAACACGACACGGCUGCCGCCCUCGCCCUCCACAUGGGAGCAAACCUCUUCCUGCCGGACAAUGAAGGGAGACUGCCAAUCGAUUUGUUAUCGGAAGAUGCGAGAAGUCAGCUACUCAAGGUUUCUGUAGCACAUCAAUAUCGCCUUUUGGAUGAAGAACUGGAAAGAGCUCGAGAACCUAGCAAGAAGGAGGAAACAAAACAGUUAAUUUUACUCUUUCUUGCAUUAUACUCAUCAAAAUAUUCACGAAGAGCUACAUGUUCUGCUCAGAGCUGGCUUGAGUUAUAUGAUGUAUUAUCCAGUAGCGAUGUCAUCACAAGAACGGAUAUAACAGUGUGUGAAGAUGAAGAUUCAAAAACUAUUGGUAAUGUCAUUUACUCUAACCUUAUAAAGUUGGUUGAUGAGAUCCACUCAAAGUAUCCUGGGACUAGUUUCCAGCCAAGUAAUUCUGAAAAUGAUGUGCAAAUUAACACAGUUAGUAAAAUCCUAGAGAAAGCAAUAAUUCUUAGUUGUGAAAAGGAGUUCCCACUAUUUCUUCAUCUCUUGGUGCAUGUAGGAGGCCAGAAGGUCAAUCAAGAACUUGAAGUGUGUCGGGCAUCGCCCUUGCAUUUCGCCGCUCGGAAGAACAACGCUUCUGCAGCCAGGUACCUCGUCAGUCACGGAGCUUCGGUUGAGGCGAAGGAUCGUUUCGGCAACACACCUGCACACUAUGCCUGCAUGUAUGGCCACAGGGAUCUAGGGGACUUUUUAAGGACAGAUCAGGUAAACAGAUGUGGGUUGACAGCUAUGGAUCUAUUGGAUGGCUACAAGAACUACCUGAAGUUAUAUGAAUUAGACUUAAAAUCUCUAUCAGACAUAGACCUGCGGGAAACAAACACUGUUCCCAAGAAAAUAGAAACUCAUUUAAAAGAAUUGGAGAAGAAAUGGCAGGUAUGUGGCAUAGACAAAACAAUAAAUAGAGUCCAUGUCAACUAUUUACAAGGAGAAGCUAAAGGUAUACAAACAGCUGUAUUCAACAUGGUAGACAGUGUUAAAAAUGCAGUUGCAAAGAAAAAUCCUUUGUUCAGCGGGGAACUCAUGAUGCUAGGAAGUUCGGCAGACAAUGUAAGACUUUUUUGCCCAGAUGAAUUUGACUGUAACAUUGUAUUAAGUAAUCUAAAUGGUUAUCCAAAUAAAGGCCUACAAGUCUCAUUGGGUAAAAUUAAAGAAAAUUAUAGUGGUUGUACAACUAAAAUCACUGUGUCAUCGACAGACGCCAACAUUAGGGAUUUUCUCAAUGAAAAUUGUUUUUUAGAAACAUUCUGCAGCACUGUUAAGGAAUGCGUUUCAGACUAUGAACCCGAAGAUGAAAGAAUGGCAUUCAUUCCACCUGGGGUAAAAAGGACUCAAGUUGGAGUCGGACUCAGCCUUGUCUGGACCGGUAAGGAGUAUCCUUUACUGCUGGUGGAUGUGGAUAUCGUACCCACUAUGGAGGCUCCCUGGCCUGAAGAACUUCCGAGGCCACCUCUUACGCCGCCUCACCUGAAGUCAGUGUAUAUCAGUAGCAUUGGCAACGGCGAGUGGAGGUUCUCCUUUGCGCAGGCGGAAAAUGAAAUCAUGAGAAAUCUAACAGACGACCAGCGGCAAGUGUUCUUAGCCUGUAAAAUGGUUCUUAGUUCCCUAAAGUUGGAAAAGUGGGCUCCGAAAGAUAUCCAGAACAGAUAUCAGUAUUUUGAUAAACUGUUUUUUAAAAUUCCUUCACCAAAAGGAUUUAUUCUGAAAAACACAUUUUUCUUGGAAUUACAAGACUUUAAGGACGACAGAUUUUAUUGGAAGGACCGCUUACAGAAAAGGAUAAGGUCUGUAUUUAAACGCAUGUACAAGGUAGGCACCAAAGAACCUGUUAAAAUAGAAGCUUACUUUGCAGGCAGCACAGAAGCCUCUUGCAUUGGUUAUGGAAUUGCAGAGAUAGAAUCAUUUUUCAAUCCCAAGGCUGGCUUUCAUGGUGUUGAUAAAUACUAAGCUGAAUUUAACUGCUAGACAUGUUACUGAUUUGUGAUGAGUAAUUCCAACUUAGAAUGAUAAUUAUACGUUAAGGAGAACUUCCUUCAGUAGUGAAGUGUUGUUUUUUAUGAUUAUCCAAAGAAUAGUUUAAUUUUCUUACAUGUUACUUUCAUUAUGAUUCUAGUAUUUAGCGUUCACUGUGGUUCUACCAAUUAGCUUCCAUUAUGUUUCUGUCAUUUAGCUUCCAUUAUGCCUCAAUGAUUUAGCUUUCACUAUGUUGCUGUCUUUUGUAUAUAUGUAUAAUUGAUCUAUGAAUUUAAACCCGAACAACAUAAUUAUUGUCCAAACCUGUAAGCCAAAUAAAA